AUGAUUAGAAAUAAUAUAAUAAGAAAUAUUCGUUUGAGUAAUAUCUACAAGUAUAACAGCAGUAUUAAUCAAAGAACCAUAUCGCCGUUUUUGUCAUCGAAACGUAACUAUUCGACUCCUCAAGAAGAAUCAGAACCAAUGGAUGAAUAUGAACUGAAAAUUUAUAAUAUUUUACAACAAGAAUUGAAUCCAGUGAAUUUAAAAAUUAAAGAUGUAUCAGGAGGUUGUGGAUCGAUGUUUUCAAUAUUUAUUGAAAGUGAAAAAUUCAAAGGAUUAACUAUGAUUAAACAACAUCGAUUAGUUAAUGAAAUUUUAAAAGAUGAAAUUAAAAAAUGGCAUGGAUUACAAUUACGUACCAAAAAAGUAUAG